GUUUCUCUGUUUCCGCCCGGAAGGAAAACACGGGAGCACCUCUGCACUGAAGCGCGCAGAAAUUCAGCUGAUUGGCUGCUGGGGAGGAGGCGGAGUCAUGCGUCGGUACCGGAGAGGCGAGGGGGAACCGGAGCCGUGGAUCGAGCGGCUGAUUCAGAACUACGGGCAGAAUCAGCGAGCCGGCAGCCUGAGAGCUCACGUCAUCGGGGUGAGCGACCUGAGCGACUCGGUCCGAACCGACGAGAGCGACGCCUGCAUGCUGUUCCUCUCCGACGGAGCCACAUUCAUCCCCGCCGUGCUCACCACCACCGCCUGGGAGAGCGUACAGGAGUUGGAGGAGAGGGAGAACUUCGCUGGUCUGGAGAACACCACCGUCUCCAUUCGCCACUUCCAGCUCAACUUCCACAUGGACCAGGAGCUGACGUCGUGUCAGUUUUAUCUGACUGUGAAUCAGAUGAUCAGCGUUGGGCGUGUCGGGGGGCGUGGCCAUCCCCCGAGCUGCACAACCCUGCCCUCCAUCCAGCAGCACAUCCUCAGAACCUGGAGAUCUCUGAUGAAGGAGGGUUCGGUGAACUCGGUGAAUUCUCAAUCAGCAUUCCCUCUGUCCUGUCUAAUGGGGGUGUGGCACAAUGACAUCAUCAUGGAUAUUCUGAAUGAUGCAAUAAAGAAAAUAACCACACCCACUGGGCGUCGACUUGAUGUGGCCACACCCACUCGCUGGCACAGAGAGCGACUCCGCUAUAGGGGUGAGGAGUGUUUUGGCGGUGCGGCGGCGCGGCCGGUGGUCUCGGGGGAUCGGAGGGGGCUGUUGACGGCUGAGCGCGGUUCUGUCUGCCGGAUAAGUAAUUGCUCUUUAUUAUUAAACCCCGCGGGCGUUUCACCAGACGCCGCUCACCGGCCUGUUUUUCCCCCGCUGUACCUGAGCUCAGGUGUGAGCAGCAGCAGCAGCGACGCUCCGAGCCGAUUGGCUCCUCCCCGGGCGGACGUGACCGAGAACCGGCCAGUGGCUGAGCGGGCCGGGGGGGUGGUCCUGCCCCCUGUGGCGUGUGAUAGGCCAGCGGAGCGGCAGAGGCCAGAGGCGCCGUGCGGAGGAGGAGGAGGAGAUGAUGGAGGUAGAGAUGGAGGUAGAGAUGGAGGUGGAGGACGUGGAGACGAUGAGAUGAACCCGUGGGACAUGUUCUGUCCCGCUCCAGACCUGCUAGGAACCCCGUCCUCUUCCCCAGAGACCAGUAUAGGUCCUCUCUCUCAGGAGAGCCAAUCACUGCUGCCCACAGCGACCAGCACCUGGGCCCAGUCCCCCAAUCACAGCGCAGAACAGGGUUCAGGCAGUAGCAGUGACACGCCCUAUCUGGGACCACACCCAUACCUGCACAGCUCCGCCCACGUGACUGAAAAGACCACACCCACAACCCACCGAACUCAGGACAAGCAGCAGGCGCUGACUCCGCCCACACGUGCCACGAAGGGCGUGGCCCUGCACGCACAGGACGACGCCCCAAAAGAUCCGUCCUUCAAACGGACUCUGCAGACCCCAGCAGAGGACCCGCCCCCUAAACAGGUUCACUCGGAUGGAAGCAGGUUCUCCUACAUGUAUGAACCCAGUCCUCAGCUUCUCUCAGCUUUCAGCCUCAUACAAGUCCCGGAGCAGCUGGUGCAGUGGGCGGUGGUUUACCUUGGGACCAGUAGAACAUCUGAGCUAAGACAGACGUCAGCGAGGGCGGAGCUACAGAGAUCAAAGGACUGUAACCACCGAAAAUAAUAAAUAAAGUGUUGAGAAUAAUGUGUUCUGUACAUAAAGCAGUUUAUUUGUUAUGUUGUUUUUUAUUUAAUUAUUUGUUAGUAAUUAAUUGUGUUGCUGUUGGAAUAAAUGUGUCUCACUGUAAUGAGAGAAAGAACA